UAAAAAUAUAUUAACUUUUUGUUGAAUGGAAAUUCCUACAUUUUCUCUCUCUAAUUCUCUCUCAAGCCGCCAUAAAACCCUAGCCUCUAUUUCACUAAAAUUCGUUCAAAUCACCAAGUUUUCAGACUUGCAGCUGGUUGAUAGAAACUAGAGCAGACUGUGGACCUUUGCACUUUCUGUUAUUUAAAUUGAGAUUACCCAAAUUGUUACAUUUCAUCCUGAGAAAUAUUCUGCCUUCUUCUCUGUGCAGAAACUCCCUUUUUUAUCAUACACAUAAGAGAGACAUUAAGAGAGAAAGAGUGAUAUGGCUUAUGCUGCUAUUACUUGUCUUAUGAGAACCAUAAAUCAAUCAAUGGAACUUACUGGAUGUGAUUUGCAACCGUUCUAUGCAAAGCUUGAAUCCCUGAGAGCUAUUCUGGAUGAAUCCUGCGAUGUAACGGGCGAUCUUGAAGCAUUAACAAGAUUGGAAGUUGAAAUUGCAGAGGUUGCAUAUAGUGCAGAAGAUAUGGUUGACUCGAAAUCAAUAAAAGUUUCUUUGGCCGAAACUGCAAUUACGCGAACCAGAGCUUUCUGGAAACUCUGUUGUUCCUUGGAACAAGGGGUAGAACGCAUUGAUUCCAUCAUGAAGAAGUGGAUGGCAGUACGGAACUGGUACAGAAAAAUCAUAGAUUUGAAAGCACAAACGUUUUCUCUAGCCAGUACUAUACCUGAACAUGCUGUAGAGAGGCCCGAGCACAUAAUGGUUGGCCAUGAAAAUGCAUUCAAGAUGAUGCAGGAUCAACUUACUAGAGGAGAAAGGGAACGAGAAGUUGUCUCAAUUGUAGGGAUGGGGGGCAUAGGGAAGACAACUUUGGCUACAAAGCUCUACAGCGAUCCAUUCAUUAUGUCUCACUUUGACAUUCUUGCAAAAGCUACUGUUUCACAAGAGUAUUGUCCGAGAAAUGUACUCCUAGCCCUUCUUUCUUCUACAAGUGAUGAACCAUAUGAUCAACUAGCAGACCGACUUCAAAAGCAUCUUAAAGGCAAGAGAUACUUGGCAGUCAUUGAUGACAUAUGGACUACAGGAGCUUGGGAUGAUAUACAACUAUGUCUCCCAGACUGUAAUAAUAGAAGCCGAAUACUCUUGACUACUCGGAAUGGGGAAGUGGCUGAAUAUGCUAGCUUAGGUAAGCCUCCUCAUCACAUGCGCCUUUUGAACUUUGAUGAAAGUUGGAAUUUAUUAUACAAAAAGGUCUUUGUGCAAGAUUGUUUCCCCCCUGAAUUUGAACAACUUGGGAAACAAAUUGCAUCAAAAUGCGGAGGAUUGCCUCUAGCAAUUAUUGUGAUCGGGGGACUUCUCUCCAAAACCGGUAAAACAUUGGAUGAGUGGCAAAGUGUUGCCAAGAAUGUAAGUACAAUGGUAAGCACAGAUCUUGAAGCCCAAUGCAUGAGAGUGUUGGCUUUGAGUUACCAUCACUUGCCUUCUCACCUAAAGCCGUGUUUUCUAUAUUUUGCAAUUUUUGCAGAGGAUGAACUGAUUUCUGCACAUAAACUUGUGGAGUUAUGGGCUGUAGAGGGAUUUUUGAAGGUAGAAGAGACGAAAAACAUGGAAGAGGUGGCAAAAACAUGUAUAAACGAACUUAUAGACAGAAGUUUAAUUUCAAAUGGUGGCAAAAUGACGAGUUAUUGUAAAAUGCAUGAUUUGAUCCGUGAACUCUGCUUGAAAGAAGCUCGAAAGAUGAAUUUUGUUAAUGUUCUAAGAGGAAAGAGUGAUCAAAAUUCAUGUGCGCAAUCCAUUCAGUGCUCCUCUAAGAGUCGAGGUCGGAUCGGUAUCCAUAGUGAGGAAGAAUUGGCUAGGUGCCGUAGCAGUGAGGCUCAUUCUAUUAUCAUGCUUGGUAGCUUCCAAUGCUUCGCACUGGAGCUGCCUUUCAAGCUAGUAAGAGUACUAGAUCUUGCUUCAGUUGACUGUGAGGCUUUUCCCAGUGGAAUACUACAUUUAAUUCACUUGAGAUACCUAGCUUUGUGUCUUUAUCCUCUCUUGAAGCAGUAUCGAAGUUCCGAAGAAGAGAUUCCCUCAUCAAUAAUAGACGUUCCCUCAUCAAUAAUAGACAUUCCUCCAUCCAUAUCAAGCCUAUGUUAUCUGCAAACUUUUAUACUUAGGACUCCAUUUCACUUUGGUUACGGGGAAUAUCCUUUUAUAUUACCAUCGGAAAUUUUGACGAUGCCGCAAUUGAGGCACCUCCAUUUGUCCUGGAAUUACUUGCGGUAUUACGAGCCUACAGAGAAAAGUUUGGUAUUGAAAAAUUUGCAAUGUCUCUCUGGAUGGAAUCCUUUUAAUUGUACUGGGUCUGCAUUUGGACUAUUUCCCAAUCUAAAGAAGUUGCAAAUUAGUGGCGACCCAAAAGACUUUCUUAUUCGCAAGGACCAGUAUGAUUUUCGCUACUUACAUCAGCUCGAGGAAUUGGAAUUUAUUCUUAGUAAUAAAGCUGCUAAAUGCUUUCUAGAAAGAAUUACACCUUCAGAUUCUACUCUGGAAACUCCUUUAAUGCUUCAGAGGAUAAUCAAGCAGCCAAAGCUAGGUUUAUCUUUUCCACCUCCGCCAGAUGCUUUUCCACAAAACCUUAAGAAUUUAACUUUGAAAGGACUUUUCUUCUUGCUAUGGAAGGAUCUGAGCAUUGUUGGUAAAUUGCCCAAACUCGAGUCCCUUCAACUAAUCAACUGCAGAGGUGGCUGGGAGUGGGAAGUAGCUGAGGAAGGGUUUCUUCGCUUGAAGUUCUUGCUACUGAACCAAUUGGAUAUACUGUACUGGAGUGCCAGUAGUGAUCACUUUCCGUGCCUUGAACGACUAUUUCUUUAUGGUUGCAUCAAUUUGGAUUCAAUCCCUCAAGAAUUUGUAGAUAUAACCACACUUACUCUAAUUGAUAUAGAUCGAUGUCGAAAAUCUGUUGGGAAUUCCGCCAAACAGAUUCAACAGGACAUUCAAGACGUCUAUGGAGGUUCUAUUGACGUCCAUAUUCAUCGUCCUCUCUCGUGGUGAUGACCUUAGGUGUGCUGCGGAUUAUCCAGUUCUCCGAAAGAAAUGUCAAUUCAGAAGUCAAAUGUGUGUGGUGUAGCUUUUGUUUAUUUUCAUUUUCUUUCAAUAAUAUUAGAAUAGGGGGCAGGAUGAUUGCAAAUGUCUUGUAAUUUAAUUGUAUAUGAUCUUUAGUAUAGCAGUUUGUCAGUGUUUUGUAAAUAUUCCAAAUUUUAUAUUCAUAUUGUAUGUGCCAAAACAGGCUCCAUUCCUCAAA